AUGGACGACAUUGCUCAAGGAGCUGACACUGCCGUGGUUAGAGAUGAGUUGGCGAUAUCAUAUUCUGAACAUUUGCGCAAGAACGGCUUCACAGAGCAAGUCAAAAAAAGGCUACAAAAUGAGCCAUCAGGUGAGGUAGCGCCGUUGGAGGCAUCCUUGUUCGGCUUGCUAUGGUUGUCUGGUCCGGAUGAGCUCACUAUGAAGGCGUUGCCUUGCUUGAAAAUGGCAGCUGAUAACACGCUCACCCUUCGUCGGUAUCUGUCUUGGCUGAACAGUCACUUCGACCCGUUAGGACUGUGGGUUGAGUACGCCAUGGCAGGCAGGAUUAUACUGAGGACAGCGAUCCGAGAAGGCGUCAAGAUGGAUGACCCGCUGAAUCUUGAGUUGGUUCGACGAGCGGAGAUCCUCCAGACUAUGGUGGCCAGAGCUGACAAUUACGGGAGAUAUGUGCCCGGUGACACAGUUAUCGUUGCAAGUGAUGCUUCUGCGAUAGGCUGGGGAGUGGUGGCCACGAACCUCGAGGGCCAGCGGUUAUGUGCUAAGGCUGCUCUCCAUGAUGCAGCACAUGAGCGUUGGAGUAUACCGAGGCUAGAGUUAUAUGCAAUUCUAGAGGCUAAAAAGAUGGCACUUUGGCUAUUGACCGCUGACCCCAAGACAAGAAGGGUAGUUGUCCUGAGUGACAGCUCUAUCAACGUUCAGAGAGUGGUUAACACUGGUGCUAUCUCGACGAAGAUCUGUGCAUGGGAUAUCCGAGCUAUUCAGCACCUACGUGAAUGGGUUAGCGACCCGGAUAGCCCAGUAAUAAUUGGGCACAUUGCCGGAAGGUUGAAUCCAUCUGACAGUGCAUCUCGAGGCAUGGUACCGCCGUCUUCUAUCUCGGAGGAAUACAGAUGUUAUGUGCGAGGCCUAGACGAGCGGUUUGAUGAGCUCAAAGAGAGACUGGUUACCGGCAAGCUCCCUCCUAUGAAUGGGUUGUAUGCAAUUCAGGUUGGUUCGGAUCAUGGUCAAACUGAUGACGGUUCGAGUCGAGUGCCUGAGGUUGGUUCGGAUCAUGGUCAAACUGAUGACGGUUCGAGUCGAGUGCCUGAGGUUGGUUCGGAUCCUGGUCACACUGAUGACGGUUCGAGUCGAGUGCCUGAGGUUGGUUCGGAUCAUGGUCAAACUGAUGACGGUUCGAGUCGAGUGCCUGAGGUUGGUUCGGAUCCUGGUCACACUGAUGACGGUUCGAGUCGAGUGCCUGAGGUUGGUUCGGAUCCUGGUCACACUGAUGACGGUUCGAGUCGAGUGCCUGAGGUUGGUUCGGAUCCUGGUCACACUGAUGACGGUUCGAGUCGAGUGCCUGAAGUUGGUUCGGAUCCUGGUCACACUGAUGACGGUUCGAGUCGAGUGCCUGAAGUUGGUUCGGAUCCUGGUCACACUGAUGACGGUUUGAAUCGAGCAGUUGAUGCUGGACUUCAGACUACGACGGCAGAUAAAAGAAGUCAUGCUGCUGAUCGCAAGGAUAUUGGAUUAGUUCAAAAGGUGGUUGACUCCCAGGCCAAGGAUAGAUUCUGUCAAAUGGUCCUGUCGGUAUUGCGCCAUGAACCGACUUCCCUCUCUUCAACGGAAAGCUCUCGCCUGAGGCGCUCGUAUGUAGAGAAUGAUGAUGUCAUCUACAGGAUAAAUCCUGUAGACAAUGAGCAGAUUCUGGUGCCGGAGGAAAUGAGAAGAGUGGCCUUUAGUAUGGUGCAUGAUCUUUUCGCUCACUGUGGAACCGGUAAACUUUAUGCGAUUCUCACAAAGGACUAUGGACUCUGGUGGCCGAAGAUGACGAAGAAUAUUCGCCAGUGGACACGAGCUUGUACAACUUGUGUAAUGACACAUUCUCGCAGGCAGGAGCCGGCGAGAGCCUAUGGAACCUCCCUGAAGUCUGGUCAACUCUGGGAGGUCCUGGCUAUCGAUAUCGGAGGCCCGUAUCUUGGCUCAACUAUAGCUCCAGAUCGUGCGGCGGAAGAUCCAUCGGAGGAAACACCUUACAUGUACUCGUUGAUAGCUACUGAAGCAGUCACUCGUUAUAUGGUUACUACGCCUUUAAGGAGGAAGACAAGUGAGUGUAUUGCCGAUGCGCUGGAGUCAUUAUGCUGGCAAUUUGGAUUUCCGGUGGUAUUGUGUCACGAUCGAGAUGUCUCUUUGAUGGGUGGUGCCGUGAAAAAGUUCGUCGAGAAGUACGGGAUCCGACAAGUGCCAAACCCGCCAUAUGCUCCUAUUCGAGCCUUCUGGGAACCUUCACACCAUCUGCUCCAUUUGGCAUUGAAGCAUCUUAUGCGUGCGGCGCGAGCUCCCACUGACUCCUGGCCGAGGUUCUUGCAACAUGCUACUUGGGUUGUUAACAAUUCUGUCCUUCCUCUGAGCGGAAUUUCUGGUGAACGGGUGACAGCGUGUGAGUUGGUUCGGUUAUGUGGAUCCUGCCCUCCUCCUUGUUAUCGGGCUUCAUGUGUGCUUUCGAAGGAGGCCCAGGCUUACAGCGAAAGACGGGGUAUUGAUGGUACCUCUAAACCGGCUCAAGCUCGACGACGUUUAGCACACCGGAAUAAAAUGGAAGGCACCCUUCAGAACUAUUUGAGGCAGUGGGAUGACCACCGUGCACAGUUGGUGGAUAAGAUGAACAGUUCUCGUCGGCGACGUGGUACUCCCGAGGGACAUGUGAAGGUUGGUGAUGUGGUGCGAGUAUUCAAGCCUCAUCACAAGCUCCAAUCUAUGUGGUCCGAGGCUCUCUACAUGGUAGACGAUAUACGGGGUGAAAUUGCAAGCCUAAGAAAUCAUUCCGGUGAAUUAAGUGUACAAUUUUUAUUCAAUUUAGCUGUUGCUACCGAUGUGGAUCCCACCGAGUUGACCUUCUGUGCGAGGCCUACUGGGUUUAGGGCCCAUAAUUCUACUGUCUCUGUUCCUGUGUAUCAACCCAGUAAGGUUGAUCAAAGUAAAGCGCGAUUAGAGCGGCGAGAGCGUAGAGCUGCUCUUAGUGCUGGGGCCGGAGAAUGCUGA